UCCCUGCCGGAGCUUCUCAUAAGGCAUUCUGGGUAGUGAGCUCUUUCUUUCCGGUUUGUACGCCAUCACUUGAGGCAUCAUGGGUGCGUACAAGUACAUGCAGGAGUUAUGGAGGAAGAAGCAGUCGGAUGUGAUGCGCUUUCUGCUGCGUGUCCGUUGCUGGCAGUACCGCCAGCUCUCCGCCCUGCACCGCGCUCCCAGACCCACCAGACCUGACAAGGCACGCAGACUGGGCUACAAAGCCAAGCAAGGUUACGUCAUCUACAGGGUGCGUGUGCGCCGCGGUGGCCGCAAACGCCCCGUGCCCAAAGGCGCCACGUACGGCAAGCCCGUCCACCAUGGUGUCAACCAGCUCAAGUUCGCUCGCAGCCUGCAGUCCGUCGCUGAAGAGCGCGCUGGCCGUCACUGCGGUGGUCUCCGUGUGCUGAACUCCUACUGGGUAGGCGAAGACUCCACAUACAAAUUCUUCGAGGUGAUCCUGAUCGACACCUUCCACAAGGCCAUCAGACGCAACCCCGACACGCAAUGGAUCACAAAGGCCGUGCACAAGCACAGGGAAAUGCGUGGUCUCACGUCAGCCGGCAAGAAGAGCCGUGGUUUGGGCAAGGGCCACAAGUUCCACCUCACCAUCGGUGGUUCUCGCCGUGCGGCCUGGAGGAGACGCAACACUCUGCAGCUGCGCCGUUACCGCUAAAGAGUGUGCCACACAUCUGUAUAUUCAUCAGAAUAAAGUACCUUUAUACGGUCCA